GACGACGGUGUUGUUCUCCUGGGCCCCGCGUGUAGAACCGUUAGGUCGAAACAAAUUCGGCGUCGGUCGGUGAUCUUAAAACCCAAAACUGGACGAACCAGGGUUAAUAUGGCACUGUACCAUUACCGUGGUAGUUAACGUGACCACUUAGGAGAGAGAAACAAGAGAGAGAGAGAGGGUUUUGUUGUGGAAUUCGAAAGGUGUAUAAACAGAUAUACUCUGACAACUGCUGCUGAGUUCUUGCCUCCUUUAAGCGUACAAAGACACAGAGAGGGUUUCGAUCUUUUCUUUCUUCUGUCUUCGUUGUAAAGACUGAUUGAUUCUAAGGUUCAACAAAACCGAUACCGGACUUUUCAAUGGGAGUCCUGGUUACACGGUUGCUUCGUGUGUUUCUUAAAAGUUAAACCAUCAAACAAUCGUGAUUUUGGCGUUAAUGCCAAGGUGAAAUUCGUGUGUGAUUACGUUGAGAAGAAGCAGAGCACAACCGGAUUGAGGAGAUUGUGAUAUCCUCCUCUGGUGCAUGAACGGAUAUAUUGCACAAAUUCCAUUGGAAAUGCAAGAGUCGAGCAUAGACACUGAUAAGUUGAGCUACGAAAUUUUUUCGAUCCUUGAAAGUAAGUUUCUCUUCGGCUAUGACGAUCAAAAGCUCUGGUUGACCAAACAGAUCCCUCUGCCGGUGGCGGAAUCAAAACUGACCGAAACGGUCGUUGUUGAUAACAGCGUCUCGGCUAUCAAGAACCAGAGGGGGAAAAUCUGCGUACUCAGCAUCGAUGGAGGCGGUAUGGGAGGGAUUCUAUCAGGGAAAGCUUUGGCAUACCUAGAACACGCUCUAAAGGCCAAGUCCAGUAAUCCUGACGCAAGAAUCGCAGAUUAUUUUGACGUCGCAGCAGGGACUGGUAUCGGCGGCAUAUUCACGUCGAUGCUGUUUGGCACCAAAGAUCAUAACCGCCCGAUUUUCAAGGCAGAUGACACGUGGCGUUUCCUGGCUGAUCAGGGGACAUUUUACCGUUCCGGUUCUGGUGGUUUCUUGAAGCGGCUUAUAAAAGGUACCGGCUCGACCAGGUCGUCCACCGCCGGUUUAGAGAAAGCGGUGAAGGAAGCGUUCACUGACAAGGGCCGCAGUCUGACUCUCAAGGACACGUUGAAACCGGUAUUAAUCCCAUGCUUCGACCUAUCGAGUACGGCGCCGUUUUUGUUCUCCCGAGCCGACGCGUUAGAAACGGACAGUUUCGACUUUCGCCUCUGGGAGGUCUGCCGGGCGACAUCAGCCGAACCGGGGCAGUUCGAACCGGCUUUGAUGCGGUCGGUGGAUGGACGGACAAGUUGCGUGGCGGUUGACGGUGGUCUUUCUAUGGGUAACCCCACCGCCGCCGCAAUUACUCACGUGUUGCAUAACAAGCAGGAGUUUCCAUUUGUGAGAGGAGUUGAGGACUUGUUGGUGCUGUCUCUCGGAACAGGUCAGCUAGUCGAGGUUAGCUUUGAAUACGAACAGGUCAAGAACUGGAAGGCCAAAGACUGGGCUCGACCAAUUGCUCGAAUAUCUGGUGAUGGCUCCGCUGACUCAGUGGACCAGGCGGUGGCCAUGGCGUUCGGUCAUUGUAGGAGCAGUAACUACGUGCGUAUUCAGGCCAAUGGUUUGAGCUUGGGCAGGUGUGGACACAAUGUGGAAACAGAUCCUAGCCCUGGCAAUGUGAAGAUGCUAAUAGGAGCUGCUGAGGAAAUGCUUAAGCAGAAGAAUGUGGAGUCGGUGCUCUUUGGUGGCAAAAGGAUUGGAGAGCAAAGCAAUUUCGAAAAACUUGAUUGGUUUGCUGGAGAACUUGUGCUGGAGCAUCAGAGGAGGAGCUGCAGAAUUGCUCCCACUGUCGCUUUCAAGCAAGCUACCUCAAAGCCCUCCUAAACUGGAUUUGUUAAAUACCUGAAACCAACCCCAAGAGGCAAAAGGUAAGCCUCCUCUUUUCCAUGCACAAUUGAAUCACAUUAAUACAAUCCUGUCUGUUUGAAGAAAGCGUCUAACUGGACCCAGUUUGAAUGAAAAUGAUUAGAUGCAACCUCUCUUAAUAUAAUAUAGGAAUGAUUUUCUUUUUAUAAAUUCAAUUCUUUGAAAAGUCCCUAUCUAUUGAUAGAAAGGAAAAAAAAACUACCAAACAGAAGUUAUUGGAAUUGUCAUCUAGUGUACACCUGUUUGUUUUGUUUGUCUUGUCAUUUUCUCGUUGAUUCAGGAAAAAAAAAACUCUUCUAACAACCGGUAGUUCUACUUGGUUUUUAUAAUGUUGUUUUAACAGACACUUGAGAUUAAAGGAACUUAUUGUGUUUUAUAGACGUGGGAAAAGACAGACCCCUAUUGUUGUCGGCCCACCGACAUUGAAUAAUGAAAUUUAGAUAGGGGAUAGUAUGCUCUUUUGGAUAAAUAACCACAAAAGGUUUUUGAUAGGGCAUUUUAGUCAUCCAGUAAAACAAAUCAUUGUGAACAUAUUUUGUUUGACUGUGAAGGCAAAGUUCAAGACCAUCUUUUGCUUUUCAUAGCCAAGAAAAUCAUACCUUAUUUUCUUUUAGGGCAAUUUUUAUAACUUGAUUGCAGCAUUUCAUGAUUUAAAUUUGUCCUGCAAUUUGUUUUUCACGAAUCCAUCAUGAUUUUAGUUGUUCUUUAUGCUGUCUCCUUCACCCUUCAGACAGUUUUUCUACUUCUUGUUUGGUGAAUUACUAGAAUUGUUCUCCUCUUUGUUAAGCAAGGCUUUUGAAUGCCGCAAUAAGAAAUAAGCAACAACUUCAUUCUAUUUAAUGGGUUUUCUGAGGCGGACGAAUAAUUCAAAUAUAUUUGGAACUUCA